GACCCGAUCAACUGCAGGUGUGAACCGAACAACCUCAGCUAGACUGUGGAGUUCAAGUUUGACACGAGAUGGGUGUGUUAGACAUAUAAAAGGAUGAAGAUGCUGCAUCCUCAGCAUACCGACUGCAGUGUCGCAACACAUACAACAUGAAGUUUCUGGUCACUCUCGUAGCUCUGUGCGCCGUGCUGGCGAUGGCGUCCGCCGGAUACAUCAACAGGGGCUGGGGAGGCUCUAGCGGAGGCUGGGGCGGAUCCAGCCGCGGUUGGGGCGGAUCCAGUGGAGGCUGGGGUGGAUCCAGUGGAGGCUGGGGCGGAUCCAGCGGAGGCUGGGGCGGCUCUAGCAAAGGCUGGGGCGGAUCCGGCGGCUGGGGAGGUUCCAGCAAGGGCUGGGGCGGCUCUGGUGGCUGGGGAGGUUCCGGCGGUUGGGGCGGCUCUAGCGGUUGGGGCAACUCCGGCGGAUGGGGCGGUAAGAGCGGCGGCGGAUGGUCCGGUGGUCACGGUGGAUGGUGGUGAACACUCAUCCCCCUGAGACAGGAUCAGGAGUAAAGAGGCCGUUGUAUAUUAUAACUCUCUCAUCUGUAUAUAAAUUUGUAAAUUACUACUUUUAAUGUCGUAUUAAUAAACGGAAUUCUGUUCCACUAAAAUUA